GAGUAGUCAGUGAAUAGGAGGGAGUGAGAGAGUAGGGAAGAGUGGUGAUGUGCCAGUUCUGGGUUCGUUACAGAGAUUUCGAAUUUGAUGCAGAAGAUUGAACAGUCAGUGUGCCUUCAUGGGCUCUAAAUGUGGCAAGACUAAAGUUACAUCUGUCUCAGCUGAACUACAUGUUUACUGGAAGAUGUUUUUGCUGAAGGAGAACACAAAAAGGAGAAAAGGAACUAAUUCACAUUUUAUUACAAUCUGAGCAAAGAUAAGUUAGAUACUGAACGAUAAAAAAAGAUGUCCUCUCCAGGUGUCAAGCCAAGGGAGCAUGUGGAUGUGGCGUACAUCUCCAUUGAGAUAGCCAUUUCUGUGGCCUCUGUCCUAGGGAAUGUAUUAAUUGUGCUUGUGGUGUAUGUGAACCAGGCUCUCCGUGACACCACCUUUAGCUUUAUUGCAUCUCUGGCUGUGGCUGACAUCGCUGUUGGAAGUUUGGUUAUCCCUCUGGCCAUUGUCAUCAGUCUGGGAUUCAGGACGCAGUUCUACACCUGCCUCAUCCUCUCCAGCCUGGUGCUGAUCAUAACUCAGAGCUCCAUUCUGUCCCUCCUGGCCAUAGCUGUCGACCGAUAUCUGCGCAUAAAGAUUCCCACAAGGUACGGCGACAUAGUGACCCAGGGGAGGGCGUACAUGGCAGUUUGUAUGUGUUGGAUCCUCGCCAUCCUCAGUGGAUUGGUUCCAUUGGUUGGCUGGAACAACCUGCACCACGGGAACUUCAGUAACUCCAAAGAGAUAGUUUGUGAGUUUAAAACUGUUAUUCGGAUGGACUACAUGGUGUACUUUAAUUUCUUCGUCUGUGUGGUGGUGCCACUGGUCUUGAUGAUCAUUCUGUAUGGGGAGAUCUUCAGAGUGAUCCGGCAGCAGCUCAACCGCCGUGCUGAGGCCACUAGUGAUGGAGAAAAGUACUACCGAAAGGAGCUGAGGCUGGCCAAGUCACUGGUCUUGGUGGUUGUUCUUUUCAUAAUGUGCUGGAUGCCAAUACAUAUCAUAAAUUGCAUCGACUUCUUUUGCUCAGACUAUGACAUACCCAAGUUUGCUGUGUAUAUAGGAAUUUUUAUGUCUCAUGUAAACUCAGCACUCAACCCGAUGGUUUAUGCAUUCAGAAUGAAACGGUUCCGUCUUACUCUGAUCCAAAUAAUUCGCCGCAGCAUAUUAUGUAACCCAAUGGUGCCCACCCGAUGCCCUACUAGCGCAAUAGAAGGGAGUGAAAAUAUGGGUGUGAGCCUAUAUUGAAGAACUUUAUUUGGUAACAUUUUGUUUGACGGAUUGUGAAUAAGACUGUAUUGACACCGUCAUAAACAUGACAUAACACCUGUUAUGAACAUGAGUAAGUCUUCAUGAAUAUUUAUGACUGUUGUCAUAAAGUGUCAUUUGGUAAAUCAUGACACUUUUAAUACAAAGUUGACAUUAUUCAAACUGUCUUCAUUUUGAUAACUUGACAUUAAGUAAAAAAUCAUGAUCUGACAUAAAUUUGUUAUAAAAGUAUUACUGAUUAAACUUUAGCUUUAAUAACAUGAAGCUACAUAUUUUUAAAGUU